CCGCCCCCCGCGCCCAUGGAGCCCGGCGGGUCGCGCCCCGGGAGCCGCAGAGGCCCGCAGCGCUCCGGCGGCCAGAAGGACUUCAUCCCCGACGGCUCGGCCGAGCAGGCGGAGAAGCUGCGGCGGUGCCGGGAGGAGCAGUGGCAGCUCCUCUCCGAGGAGCGCGUGGAGCCGCUGAGGAAUCUGGUGAAAGCUGAGUGGAAGCCAGGACAGGGCAUUGCAGAGCUGCAGUCCCCUGCGGGGAAGUUCUGGCACACCAUGGGGUUCACAAAGCAUGGCAAACAGUGCCUGCUGCCUGAGGAAACUCUGUACCUGCUGGAGUGUGGCUAUAUCCAGCUCUUUUACAGAGAUCUGCCCUUGUCAAUCCAGGAAGCCUAUGAGAUCCUGCUGUCCCAGGAGGCAGUGAGCCUGUCGCAUUACCAGGUGUUCAGCCACUUGAAGCAGCUGGGUUAUAUUGUACUGAGAUUCGACCCCAGCACUGUCCUGUCUCCCUACGAGAGGCAACUGAAACUGGAAAGUCACUGCCAGAGCUCUGGGAAACACCAGCGCAAACGGAGGAGGAGUUCCAGCCCCUGGUUGCAUGAGAAGAAACAUAAGGUAUCUGAGGACAUUCCAGAAGCCGAAGGGAGCUCCCAAAAAUCUGGAGAUGACUCUGGAGGCUCCAGCUGCCUUCCCAUGGAUGAAAAGCCAUUGUCAGAACAGCCAAAGGAAUCAAAUGCUGGCAGUGGAGAGGGGAAGUCAAACUUGGUUCCUCUUGAUGCAGGACAAAAGGACUCCCUCAGCCCCUCCAGGAGCCGGGCUGGAGACCACAGGGAGAGCAGCGCUGGCACCCGUGCACCCCGCUGGGAUUUCACCACCAUCAUCUUGCCAAACGUGGCCCCAGACCAGCCGUGCACACAUCUGCCCUCACCUGACAGCGGCCUCCUGCCAGAGAAUGUGCCAGGGAGGGAGGUGAAUGCAGCUUGUUGGUGCACACGCAUCAAUCAGAAACAGGAGAAGCUGUCCCAGAAGGAAAGGGAGCAGUGGGAGAGGGAGAAAAGGUACAAGAGCAGCGUCAAUGCUGACUGGGAGGUGAGACGCUGCUCCAACUGGCAAGAGUACAAAGCCCUUCUGAAGCAGAGGAGCCAGAAGAGAGUUUGGAAACGACCACCUCAUCUCUGGGACCAAGCUGUCACACCGCUCUUGAGGCCAGAUGAAGCUACCUCGUCAGCUGUGCUCCUCCAGCAGAUCAGCGUGCUGCAGCCCUCCCACAUCCUGGAUGGAGCCUCCCGGCUGCAGGAGGACCCAGACAGCAUGAAGAUUGACUUCAAUGUAUAUCAAGCAGAUGCUGUGGCCAAGUUUAAGAAGACAAACCCUGGGAAGCCAUAUGUCAGGAUGUGUGUUCAGAGCUUUGAGGAGCAGGUUCCAUCCCUUCGGACCUUGAAGCAGGUUACGUAUUUGAGUGGGGAUGUCCCAGUGGUCUUUGCACUGGUGGAUCAUGGAGAAAUUGCCUUUUAUUCGAUAAAGGAAUUCAAGCUGCCCAUUGAUGUUCAUCACUGAAGUUGCUGUCACUUGUGGAAAUUGUAUGGGAUGAAGGGAAGAGCUUCACUCAGGAGUUGUUGUCUUGAUUACAAAAUAUUACAGAGAGUAGAGCCUGUGAUAACUGGCAUGUUGGGUAGUUGACCACUUUAUUUGCUGUUACAGACUUCACCCAACCAGAUGGUCAGGCAUAAUAGCAGUAUUUACAGCAAACAAGUGUGUGUAGCUUAGCUGGGCAUUUCUGGACUGAAAUAUAAACUGCUUUGUUCUUGAAGCCACUGGUUCUUCAGCUUUCUCAUGUUGUGUACAACUAGUUUGCUUUUUCCUUGUCAUCUUUGGCUGACCUGUGGACCAUUAGAAAAUACUUUGCUGGUGAUCCUCUUGUCACAUGUUAAGAACCAGUGUGCUACACCAGUUGAAUGGUUGGAGAGUCAUUUAGGUCAGUCAGGGACAGAAUAAGCUGAUCAGAUCAGUGGUGGUGUCCUGAGCCUCUCUCAGUCAUCUGCACCAACAACCCAUCAAUCAGAUUCUGAUCUGAAAAAGGCACAGCUGUAACACUUGGCCACAUGGAGUAGUUUCCAGGCACUUGAGAGCAGGAAACUGUGCCUUGAACACUGUCUCAUCAGCCAGAGGUCACACAAGCCCCUGAGCAUUGCAGAUGGCACCCCAACCUGAUGCUCUGGUAGAUGUGCUGGGAUGCAUUUUGGCCACACAGCAUUAUGCCAUGGGUAAGUAUGGCUGCUGCUGUCAGCACACUGUACCUGACAGUCUGACCAGGGCUGUACUACAGCCCCUUCUGUGUCAGCCUGACAUACUUUCCUGGCUGUGGGUCCUUGUCUUUGUUAAGUGAGAGAUGCCUGAGUAAAGAAAAGCUGUAAAAUCCUUGUGAGCGUUCCAGUCCUGUAGCUGUUGUGCUCCAAACUGGGGACACCAUUGCUUUCCAGGCCAUUUGGGAGCCUGUGGGAGCUUUCCACCAGAUAUCCAGGUACAAAAUUUGCUUUAGCCAGUAUGCAAAAGUACUAGAUGCCAGAAAGUCUGCUCAGUGGAUAGAAGCAUGUUGGGCACCGCUGUGUUCAUUGUCAAGGUUCUUCAGAACUGUAAUAGCAACUGGUUUACAUGCAUUUUAUUUGAUAAUUUUUGAGUUCCUGUCAGAAAUGGGCAGAAGGUUAAGCAAUAAAAAAGCCUUUUUCAACA